CCUUUUUUUCUUUUUUUUUUAGAAUUUGUUUAUUCCUGAGAAAGAUAGGAGAGAGAAAGAACCAGACAUCACUCUGGUACAUGUGCUGCUAAGGAUUGAACUCAGGACCUCAUGCUUGAGAGCCCAAUGCUUUAUCCACUGCACCACCUCCUGGACCACUUUUUUAAAAAAUAUUUUAUUUAUUUUAUUUUUGAGAGAAAGACACAGAGAGAAACACCAGAGCACUGCUCAGCUCUGGCUUAUGGUGGGGCAGGGGACUGAACCUGGGAUUUAGGAGCCUCAGGCAUGAGAGUCUGUUUACAUAACUAUUAUGGUCUCUGCCCUGCCCUCUUUUUUUUUUUUUUAAGGUACAUGAGAUAUAAAAAUGGGGGGGCUGGGCAGUAGCACAGAGGCUAAGCACACAAGCACACAUGGUGCAAAGCUCAGGGAUCUGCUUAGGGAUCAUCUUAGAGAUUCUGGUUGGAACCCCUGGCUCCCCACCUGCAGGGUGGGGAUAACUGAUAACUGAUAACAAUGGUGGGGCUAUUGAUAGAUGUAAGGAGCUGAACUCCAUGAAGCAAUCAGGUUACAGAUAAGAAAAUUUCAUGAACAUUAACCACUUCAUAUAGUUCAACCUAAUAUUUUGGGAUAAGGAAUCAAAGGAUGAUAUGAAAACCUGUGAGUCUCUGAAGUUCAUGAUUUAUACAAAAGCCUAACCUAAUGCCUGCCUGUAAAACAGCUUACCUGGACAGUGCACCUGCAUUUCUUGCUGUGUAGGAAUUGGAUUAGAGCUCACUAGUAUGCCUCAUUAGGAAUUGUUGACGUCUUACAUAUGACUAAAAUGAAUUAAACUGAUCUUAUAUGGGCCAGGAGGUGGUGCACCUGAUUAAGUGUACACACUACAGUGUGCAAGGUCCCAGGUUCAAGCCCCCAGCUUCCCCUACAGGGGGAAGCUUCACAAGUGGUGAAGCAGAGCUGUAGAACCAGAGCCACAUGACGUCACUGCUGUAGGCCGCUUUUUCCAUUCAGAUAGAGUGACGCUUGACAUGGUGAGCUACCUCUCUGGCUCUGGUUACAAGAUUUUUGAAACAACUAACCUAAAGGAGCAGUAACUCAAGGGAAGAUUGAAGGGGACUCAGCAAUGAAUAGAGACCCUGCUGGGAGUGGACAGCCUCUGGCUACAUAGCGACCUGUGGACUUACUAUUUGGUGCCCCCAUGGAGACAGGAGGCUCUGGGCUAAACAGUAUGAAGCCCCAAUCACUGCAACUGGUGCUGGAGGAGCAAGUGCUGGCCCUGCAACAGCAGAUGGCAGAAAACCAGGCUGCCUCCUGGAGGAAGCUGAAAAAUUCCCAGGAGGCUCAGCAAAGGCAAGCAACUCUUGUGAGGAAGCUACAGGCCAAGGUUUUUCAGUACCGGAAAUGGUGCCAAGAGCUGGAGAAGAGGCUGGAAGCCACUGGGGGACCCAUCCCUCUGAGGUGGGAAAGUGUGGAGGAGCCAAACCUGGAGCAGCUGCUGAUCCGAUUGGAGGAGGAACAACAGAGGUGUGAGAGUCUAGCAGAAGUGAACACCCAGCUUCGUCUGCACAUGGAAAAAGCUGAUGUGGUGAAUAAAGCCCUUCGAGAAGAUGUGGAAAAAUUGACAGUAGACUGGAGUCGGGCUCGAGAUGAACUCAUGAGGAAGGAGAGUCAGUGGCAGAUGGAACAAGAGUUCUUCAAGGGCUACCUGAAAGGGGAGCAUGGCCGACUUCUCAGUCUGUGGAGGGAGGUGGUGACCUUUCGACGCCACUUCCUGGAAAUGAAAUCAGCCACUGACAGAGAUCUGAUGGAGCUAAAGGCCGAGCAUGUGAGGCUUUCAGGUUCCCUACUGACCUGUUGUCUGCGCCUGACUGUGGGAACUCAGUCCCGGGAUUACAGUGGCUCUGGGAGACAGGAUGGGAGUGAAUCAGCCCAGAUGCUGCUGCUACUAGCCAAGACCCAGGAGCUAGAGAAGAAAACCCAUGAAAAGAGCCAGGAGUUGAUACAGCUGAAGAAUCAAGGGGAACUGGAGAAGACUCAGCUUCAGGAUCGGGUGACUGAACUUUCUGCUCUGCUGACCCAAUCUCAGAAGCAAAAUGAAGACUAUGAAAAGAUGGUGAAGGCUCUGAAAGAGACAAUGGAGAUCCUGGAGACAAAUCAUGCAGAAUUAAUGGAACAUGAGGUAUCUCUUAGUAGAAAUGCACAAGAGGAGAAAUUGUCUUUACAGCAAGUGAUCAAAGAUAUUGCCCAGGUUAUGGUAGAAGAAGGAGGGAAUAUGACCCAAGGCUCUGCUCAUGAGAACUCCCUGGAGUUGGACUCUAGUAGUGUCUCCUCUCAGUUUGAUUCCCGGGACCCAGACCAGGCUCUAACUCUGGUGCGUUCAGUUCUAACUCAGAGACGCCAAGCUGUGCAGGACCUAAGACAGCAGCUUUCAGGCUGUCAGGAAGCUAUGAACUCCUUGCAACAGCAGCACAAUCAGUGGGAAGAAGAGGGUGAAGCCUUGAGAGUACGGCUACAGAAGCUCACUGGAGAGCGGGACACUCUGGUGGGGCAGACAGUGGACCUCCAGGGAGAGGUGGACUCUCUCAGCAAGGAGCGAGAGCUCCUGCAAAAAACUAGGGAAGAGCUCCAGGGGCAGCUGGAGGUGCUGGAGCAGGAGGCCUGGAGACUUCGGAGGACCAACAUGGAACUGCAGUUACAGGGGGACUCUGCUCAGGGUGAGAAGGAAGAGCAGCAGGAGGAGCUGCACCUCGCUGUCCGGGAAAGGGAGCGCCUUCAAGAGAUGUUGGCAGGCCUAGAAGCCAAGCAGUCCAAAUCACUCAGUGAACUGAUCACUCUUCGAGAGUCACUGGAAUCAAGCCGCCUGGAGGUGGAAUUGCUGAGGCAGGAGAAGUCAGAGGUGACUGCAGCUCUGGCCAGGGCAGAACAGUCCAUUAUGGAGCUAUCAAGUUCUGAGAACAGCCUGAAAGCUGAGAUAGCUGAUCUUCGGGCUGCAGCUGUCAAACUCAGUGCCUUAAAUGAGGCUUUGGCCUUAGAUAAAGUUGAACUGAACCAACAACUUCUUCAAAUAGAACAGGAGAACCGAUCUGUGUGCAGCAGAAUAGAGGCAGCAGAGCAAGCGAGAAGCACUUUGCAGGUGGACCUGGCAGAAGCAGAGAGGUGCAGGGAAUCUCUGUGGGAAAAGAGUACUCACCUGGAGGCUGAGCUGCAGAAAGCACAGGAGACCAAAACUGCGCUGCAGGCAGAUCUCAGGGGCAGCCAAGAGGAGAAGGAAGAAAUUCAAAAGAAACUAAACAAGGCACAUCACCAGCAGGAGGCAGUCGCUGUUCAACUGGAGCAGUUGCAUCAGGAGGCAAAACGACAGGAAGAAGUGCUCACCCAGGCCAUCCAGGAGAAGGAGGCCAUGGUGCGAGAGAGGGCAGCUCUAGAGGUGCGGCUGCAGGCUGUGGAGCGGGACCGGCAGGACCUCUCAGAACAACUGUUGGGGCUCAGCUCAGCCAAGGAACAACUGGAGAGCAGUCUGUUUGAAGCCCAACAACAAAACUCUCUAAUAGAGCUUACCAAAGGUCAACUGGAGGUCCAGAUUCAAACUAUCACUCAAGCCAGGGAAGUAAUUCAAGGUGAAGUGAGGUGUCUGAAACUGGAACUGAACACUGAACGGAGCCGGGCAGAGCAGGAGCGGGAUGCAGCUGCCAGACAGCUGGCCCAGGCUGAGCAAGACGCACAGAAUGCCCUGCAACAGCAGAAGUCAGCCCAUGAGGAGGAGGUGAACUGUCUUCAAGAGAAGUGGGAGAAAGAACGAUCUUGGCACCAGCAAGAACUGGAUAAGGCUCUCAGGGAUCUAGAGAGGGAAAAAAUGGAGCUGGAAGUACAGCUGAGGGAGCAGCAAGCAGAGACUGAGGCCAUCCGGAAGCGGAGAGAAGAAGAACGGGUAGAGGCCGAGAACGCCCUAUGCCAGAUGCAACUCGAAACAGAGAAGGAGAGAGUGUCACUCCUGGAGACAUUGCUGCGGACCCAGAAGGAGCUGGCAGAUGCCAGCCAGCAGCUGGAACUACUGAGGCAGGACAUGAAAGUUCAGAAGUUAAAGGAGCAGGAGGCCACUGGGAUGCUGCAGACCCAGCUCCAGGAGGCUCAGUGGGAACUGGAGCAGGCAGCCCUGAAGCACAAAGAAGACCUUGCUGCCCUCCAAGAAGAGGGCCGCACCCUGCUGCAGGCUAAGAGAGACCUACAGAAGCAGGUGGAAGACUUGAAAGUUCAAUUGGUCUCCAAGGAUGACUCCCACAGACUGGUGGAGCAAGAGGUCCAGGAGAGCAGCCGAAUCCAAAAGGAACUGGAGAGAGAGAAAGCCAGCCUGACUCUGUCACUGGUGGAAAAGGAACAGAGACUCCUUGCUUUACAAGAAGCUGAUGCUGUUCGAAAACAAGAACUGAGCUCCCUGCGCCAGGACAUGCAGGAGGCGCAGGGAGGGCAGAAAGAGCUCAGUGCUCAGGUGGAAUUACUUAGCCAGGAAGUGAAGGAAAAGGAGGCUGACUUUCUGGCCCAAGAAGCACAGCUGCUAGAGGAACUCGAGGCAUCUCGAGUAACAGAGCAACAGCUGAGAGCUUCCUUGUGGACGCAAGAAGCCAAGACAGCCCAACUACAGCAGCAGCUGCGCAACGCGGAAAGCCGGCUGGAAGUACUGGCCACGGAACAGCAACCAGGAUACCAGGCUCAGGCCCAGCUUGCCAGUCUCUAUUCUGUCCUACAGCAGGCCCUGGGCUCUGUUUGUGAAAGCAGGCCUGAGCUGAGUGGCGGAGGAGAUACUGCUCCCUCCUUUUGGGGCCCUGAGUCAGACCAGAAUGGAACUAGGGUCCUUUUGAAGAGAGGGCCUCUCCUUACUGCUCUCACUGCUGAGGCAGUGGCGUCUGCUCUCCAUAAGCUUCAUCAGGACAUGUGGAAGACUCAGCAGGCCCGGGAUGAUCUGAAGGAUCAGGCCAAGAAGCUGGAACAGUGUCUCACUAAUGCAGAGGCAGAGAAGAGCCAGGUCCACACGGAGUUACAGGCUCUGCAGAAACAGCUUUCCCAGAGCCAGGAAGAGAAAUCCAAGUGGGAAAGAAAACACAAUUCCCUAGAAUCUGAGCUGACAGAACUGCAUGCAACUGUGGCAUCCUUACAGAGUCGCCUACGACAAGCAGAGUCUCAAGGAAUAGAAGCCCAGAAUGAGCGAGAAUUACUUCUGACAGCCAAGGAGAACUUGACAGCCCAGGUGGAACAUCUGCAAGCAUCUAUUGCAGAAGCCAAAGAUCAGGCAACUGCUGUCGGGAUCCUGGAGGAAGACCUGAGAAGUGUUCGCUCAGCACUGAAACUGAAAAAUGAUGAAGUGGAAAAUGAACGGGAGAGAGCCCAAGCUCUACAAGAGCAAGGUGAACUGAAGGUGGCCCAAGGGAAAGCUCUGCAGGAGAACCUUGCUGUCCUGGCCCAGACCCUGUCUGAAAGAGAAGGAGAAGUGGAGACUUUGCAGGGAAAAAUCCAGGAACUAGAAAUGCAACGGGAGAUGCAAAAGGCUGCACUGGAAGUACUAUCUCUGGACCUAAAGAAGAGAAACCAAGAGGUGGAUCUGCAACAAGAACAGAUUGAGGAGCUGGAGAAGUGUAGGUCUGUUUUAGAGCAUCUGCCAUUGGCUGUUCAGGAGCAAGAGCAGAAGCUAACUGUGCAGAGGGAGCAGAUGAGAGAGCUGGAGAAGGAUCGAGAGACACAGAGGAACAUCUUGGAGCAUCAGCUGCUAGAACUUGAGAAGAAGAGCCAAGUAAUAGAGUCCCAGCAAGAACAGAUUCAUGAUCUAAAGAAGCAGUUAGCUACUUUGGCAAUGGAACUGGAGGAAAGCCAUCAAAAACUGGAGUACCAACAAAAAGCAGUGGAGGAGCUCGAAGGUCAGAAGGACAUGCAUAGAGUAGCUCUCGCCCACCUUACCCUGGACUUGGAGGAAAGGAGCCAGGAGCUGAAGGAGCAGAGCAGCCAGAUUCAUGAGCUGGAGAGCCACAGCACCCUUGUAGCAAGAGAGCUCCAGGAGAAGGACGAGGAGUUGAAAUCCCAGCGAGAACAGAUUGAGGAGCUGCAGAGGCAGAAGGAGCAUCUGACUCAGGACCUGGAGAGGACAGACCAGGAGCUGGCAGUACAGAAGGAAAAGAUUCAGGUCCUAGAAGACCAGAGGAUUCUGCAUACCAAGAUCUUAGAGGAGGACCUAGAGCAGAUCAAACUGUCCUUGAGAGAGCGGGGCCGGGAGCUGACUUCUCAGAGACAGCUGGUGCAGGACCGUUCAGAGGAAGGGAAGGGCCAGAGCAAAGCACAGCGUGGGAGCCUAGAACACAUGAAACUGAUUCUUCGAGAUAAGGAGAAGGAGGUAGAAUGCCAGCAGGAACACAUCCAGGAACUCCAAGAGCACAAGGACCAGCUGGAGCAGCAGCUCCAGGGCCUACACAGGAAGGUGGGUGAGACUAACCUCCUCUUGACCCAUCAAGAGCAGGAGAUAGUGAUUCUGCAACAGCACCUGCAGGAAGCCAGGGAACAGGCAGAGCUCAAAGUGCAGUCACUUCAGGGCCAGCUGGAAGAGGCCCAGAAAAGCCUGGCCCAGAGAGACCAGGAACUUGAAGCCCUGCAACACCAACAGCAGGAGGCCCUGGGGCAGGAGGAGAAUGUAAAGGAAAAGGUGAGCACACUGCAGAGAGCUCUGGAGGAUGCCCAUAUGACUCUGAGGGAGCGCCAGGGAGAACUUGAGGAUCACAGAGAUCAUAUACAAAGGCUCCGGGAAGAGCUGGCCAUGCAAGGAAAGCAGGUACAGGCCCUGGAGGAGGUAUUGAGUGACCUAAGGGCUGAGUCUGUAGAGCAGGAGAAGACACUGCAGAACCUCCAGCAGAAAUGUGCUGAGCAGGCACAGGAGCAUGAAGAGAAGGCCAGGGCCCUGCAGGACAGCUGCCUACAAGCUGAGGCAAUGCUUAAGGAACGGAACCAGGAGCUGGAGGCCCUACGGGCAGAUAGUCAGUCCUCCCAGCUUCGGGAAGUGGCUGCCCAGAGCCAGGCUGAGACCCUACAGGAAGCCCUCAGCAGGGCUCAGGCUGCCCUGCGGGAGAAAGAGCACCAUCUCCUUGGGCAGGCAGAGAUAAGCCGCAAACUGGAGGCCAGCACUGCCACCUUGCAGGCUGCUCUAGACUCUUGUCAGACACAAGCCAAGCAGCUGGAGGAGGCCCUGAGGAAUCGAGAAGGUGAGAUCCAGGCCCAGGAUCUCCAACACCAAGAGGCUGUGCAGCAGCUACAGCAGGCCCUCUGCCAGAGGGAUGAAGAGCUGAGACAUCAGAAGAGACAGGGGCAGCUGCUGGAGAACUCUCUGACUCAGAGAAAUCAAGAGGAUAUAAUCCAACAGAAGUGGUAUCUGGGACAUGAGAGAGAAGAAGAGAUUUGGGGCCUUCGUGAAAAACUGAGGGAGCUGCAACUGACUCUCGCCCAAAAGGAAGAUUUAAUCCUGGAGCUGAGGGAGGCCCAGCAAAGGGAGAGUCUGGAGGUCUUACUCCACAACCACAAAGCCUCCCCAACAGAGGAGCCAUCUCCACAGUUUGAUCCUUUAGGGCCCAGGCUGCAGCAGGAGCUGGAGCGACUACAGGCAGCUCUGAAGCAGACAGAGGCCAGGGAAAUUGAGUGGAGGGAGAAGGCCCAGGACUUGAAACUGUCCCUGACCCAAAGCAAAGCCACUGUCAGCAAUCUGCAGGAGGUAAUCAUGUUCUUACAAGCCUCAGUUCUGGAGCGGGAUUCGGAGCAACAGAGACUACAGGUCUCAGGUGUGGAAGCUGGACCUCAUCCUGUGAUAAAGGAGAAACAGAAACAGACUUGGGAAAAAAGGCUUGAGCACCUACAGCAAGCAGUGGCACGACUGGAGAUUGACCGCAGCCGGCUGCAGCACCACAAUGUCCAGCUGAGGAUCACUUUGGAGCAGGUGGAACGAGAACGGAGGAAGCUGAAGAGGGAUUCCAUGCGAACAUCGAAGGCAGGAGUGGUGGAGGAUGGAGGAAGAGGACAAAAGAGCUCCCCAGAUGCCAAGCACGUGGUUGAACUGCAGAAAGAGGUGGCCCUGCUGCGAGCUCAGCUGGCCUUAGAGCGGAAACAGAAACAGGACUACAUUGCUCGCUCUGUCCAAACCAGCCGUGAGCUAGCAGGCCUCCACCACAGCCUCUCCCACUCGCUUCUUGCUGUGGCCCAGACACCCGAGGCCACAGUCCUGGAGGCUGAGACCCGCAAGCUAGAUGAAUCCCUGACUCAAAGUCUGACAUCCCCUGGUCCAAUCCUGCUGUGCUCCAGUCCCAAUACCACCCAGACCACUUCCAGGUAGCAGCCACAAGCCAGAGCAGGAAUACAGUCCAGCCUGGAGAUGGCAGAUAGACAGAUGGCUACAGAGUAGGUUGUAACCCCUCCACAGAACUGUAGAUUUGCCAAAAGAAAGGCCUGACUCUGUUACCAAGCCUGUUACCAAGCCCAGUUCAGCUGCCUUUCCCAGGAAGUGGGAAGGAAUCCUGCAAAACAGGAAAGACCCCAACUCUUAUGGAAAUGAGGCAGAUUAUACUUGCCAGUUAGCCUAUAGAUACCCAGAGGAGUGCCUUGCCCUAGCCAACAGGCUUCUGCUGCCAGGCCUAAGAAUAUAUUACCCCAAUACCUUACCCUUCACCCUCUUUUUUACCUGCCCCUCCAAUAAUAAACCCUAAGUCUUUUUGUAUUUGUUCUUUGCUACUGUCUCCACUUGCAUAACUGGAAAGCAGCGUCAGUUAAAAAGUCGGGGCCAGGAGGAAGCUCAUAGCUCAUCCAGUGGGGUGCACACCUUACCAUAAUGUACAGAACCCUGAGUUCAGGCCCUGACACAACAUGUCAGCACUAAGAAGAGAUCCAUGGAUGGUGAAGAUGGACUGUGAUGUCUCUUCCCUUAUGUUCUCUAAAAUAGAUGAAUGAGAAAAUCGGUCUGUGAAAGGCCGCUGGAUGGUGAUACCGCAUCUCACACAUUAAAAAAAAAAAAAAAAAAACUUAAUCAGGUGGCAUUAAUUUGUUGUCUGUCUGAAUUCUGGCAGAGAGGGCUUACAAAAUACAUCCAAGACAAAGCCCCUGUCCACAGGGAGCAAGAGCCCAAAUAGCAAGAAAGUCAAACACUCACUGACAAAUUAAGAGACAGCUCUCGGUGCUGAAUAAAAAUGCCACAGAAAUUUCAAAGACUAAGGAAGAAAGGCUUGAGUGGCUCAUGAAGAAGCGAGAGCAGCUGGGAGGGACUGCUAAACAUUCUGGUGGGAAAACUAGUCUUAUACAGAGUGCUGGGGCAGAGAAUGGGUGGGAAGGAGGUGGGUUAUAGUGUGUCUUGGGAUCUAGAUUUAAACUCACAUACAGGGACCAUGGUCAUAUGUUCUUGACUUAAGAAACAAGUUCUGGUCAUUCAAGAGCACUGAGCAAAUCUCUGACUAGGAAAUCUCCAAAGCUCAGCAGCUCUCUCUGCACUUACUCCCCUUCUGCUCUGUGUGGAUGCCUUGAGGCGGAUCAGCUGGAAACAAAUGAUUCCUGUGAUCUAAGCAUGUGUCAAGCCAUUAAAGAGAAUGAACUUUGGCAGAACUUGUCACUUUUUUUUUUCCAACCAGAGCACUGCUCAUCUCUGGCUUAUGGUGGUAUAAGGAAUUGAACCUAGGACCUCAGAGACUAUCUGCAUAACCAUUAUGCUGUCUCCCCCACCCAACUUGUCACUUUUGAACUGGCCUUAGUGAAGGCAGUCUGAACCAAAUCCAAUUCACAGGCUUAGUAAUCAGUGAAUUGUCAACUGGUAGAGUAUAGGCCCCAGGCUUAAUCCCCAGUACCACAUGUGGCAAAGCAGUAUUCUGGUUUCUUUCUCUUUCAUGAAGCAAAAAAUAAAAAUGGAGCAGGUGGUGGUGUGCCAGGUUGAGCACACAUAGUACAGAGUGCAGGGACCAGCGCAGGGAUCCCAGUUGGAGCCCCCGGCUCCCUACCUGUAGGGUGGUGGCUUCAUAGGCAGUGAAGUGGGUCUGUCUGUAGAUGUCUUAUCUUUCUCCCUCACCCCCACCCCCGUCUUCCCCUCCUCUUUAAAUUUCUCUGUUCUAUCCAACAGCAACAGCAGUAGCAACAACAAUGGAAAAAGAUGGCCACCAGGAACAGUGGAUUCGUAAUGCAGGCACCAACCCCCCUGCGAUAACCCUAGCAGAAUAAAUAAAUAAAUAUAAAAAUA